AUGGCGAACGUCAGUAUCACCAGUUCAUCUUCGCUCAAUCGCACUCGAUCGGUGCGCGCGCCCACUGCCGCAGCAACCACAUCAUCCACUGCUGUUGGCACCCCAAAGCCAGCCCAGUCUUCUUCUCGAUCAGGUGCCUCAGGUGCUGGGACUUUGGUGCCUGCCUCUCUUUCGGUCCCAGCGCUUCCUGGACCCUCUAAUGUCGCCCUCUUCCUGACGAACCUUCGGCUCCUUGACCUCGACCUGCUUCCCGACUGGCCCGAUAUCAGCGUGGAAACUUUCAGUGGAAAAGAUGCCGUGCAAGGCCAGAAGAAGCGGAUACAGGCGGUUGAAUGGGCUCUUUAUCAGCUCUUCGCUCUCUGGGACCCAGAGGAGACCCGCAACAAGCUGCGCCCCUUCUUUCCCCCUCUCGAUCAGAUCCAAUCGCUAAAUCUACGCGCUGCAUUGCUCCGGUGUCUGGAACAAGCGAAGAAGAACGGCGUUCUCGGUCGCGAUGCGGUUGUCCGCAAGACGAUGUUGGAUGAGUGCAAGGGCGAAAGGCUUGAGGAGGUUCUGGCCGUCUUUUCGUCCGCCGUGCUGAAAAAGGUCGUCGCAGAACAACAGAUGAGUCGUGGCCAGUCUCCGGCUAUGGCGCAGCUCAUUUCGCUGGAGAAUCGCGGAUACUUAGGUGACCGGCUGGACCUCACAGCGCUUAUUCUGGCACAUCGAGUAUCUUUGCGUCGAAACCUAGAAGACAAGAAGGCUGCUCGUCAAAGAUACCGGGAGUUCUUCGAGCUCCUUGAAAAGAAAGAAAUGACAGUAGCCAAACGUCGCCAGGAUGCUGAAAUCACUAAGAAGAGUGGGCAUCGCCAUGCCAUCUCAGACACACAGGCUCAUGCUGUCAGCCGCGCAGUUCGGAACAACUGGACAGGUGAUGAACGCUGGAUGGAUACCCUUCUUUACGGAGACACAAAGUCGCACAAUGACGCUGUUCUUUCUUCUCCAUUUGACAGGGUUUGGAGGCGUGUUCAGUCUGGUCGGCUGACGGAGCUUGAGGAUACGUCCUCGAUUGGCCUGUUAGAGCAGCUUGAAGCUCGAGUUCGGGAUCAGCAAAAGAGGUUGCGGCAAUGGCAAGAUCUUCGAAAGCAACUUUUUAAAAAGGACGGCUCUGCAACGACGAACAAGAUCCCUGGAUCGCCGUCAAAACAGAAGCGUCUUGAUUUUGGUUUUGCUGAACAUCAGGAUUUGCAAGUUGGCCGUCCCAGUCUGAGAAGGCUAUCAACUGUCAGGCCUGCUCAAGCGGAUAGUCAUUACCAAGCUCUCAUUGAUGGGCUGAAAACGGAGUUGACUUAUAUUGGCUCUGCUGUUACGCGGGUCCCUCAAUUCUUUCGUCCAGCCCCACGACUGGAGCAGACGCCAAACAAGCCCUCAAACGAUCAAGUUCAUAAUGUGCCUGAGUCAGAAAUAUCUGAAAUAAGUGAUACCGAAGAUGUACCAGUCCCGACACGCCCAUAUCCUGUUCGGCGGGAACCGGUUCGCGUUUCUAUAGAGCGAGCCUUUGAGCCAAUCUUGAGAAAAGCGAAGACGUCGUUUGAGGAUGACCAAUCCCAUACUGUGGACGAGGGCCAAUCCUCGUCCGCUUCGUCUGGACUUCGGAGAGCAGCAACCGUCCACUCUACCAAACGGAAUCUGAGCUCGGAUGUUAGAGAGCGUUCUCGUAACAGAAGGCUUAGCUCCCCUCCCAACCCCAACCUUCACUCCCCCCAUCUUCUCCGGCAAGGUCGCCCCUUGAUCCCUUACCCCCUCCCUCUCCCAACCCUUCCUCUUCUCCUGAAGUUCCCGCCUCUCCUCCCCAACCAGCAGGCCACCAAAGUGUUGGCCUAG